AUGAGAAUUGGAUUUUACCUGGUUGAGGCAAGCUGGGUACCAGCGCACGACGUGCAGCACCUGAUGCUGCAGAACGCAGUGGACAUGUCGGCUGCCAUCGCCACCUUCUGCGUGCUGGGCUACACCAUUGCUUUCGGGAAGGAUGUGCACCAUGUAAUAGGCUGGGAUCCCGCAGUGGUGCUGGAGACGCAAGAAGUGGCUACGGCGCUGCGCGGUCUGGGGGCGGUGUUGAUGGUGAGCGCCAUCUUCACGGCGGGGGCGGCGGGCCGGCUGCCGCUGGCGGGGGCGGCUCUGGGGGCGAUGUUGCUGGCGGGCGUGCUGACGCCGAUGCUGCUCCACUGGGUCUGGGCCCCACAGGGCUGGCUCGCCACGCACACCUUCCACUUCGUGGACCAGGGCGGCAGCUGCGUGGUGCACGCGGUGGGCGCCGUCGCGGCGUUCGCGAUUCUGCUGGUGCUGGGGCGGCGGGUGAUGAAGCUGAAGGAGCUGGACCCCAGGUCCGUGGUUGCCGGAGACCCCGCCGCCGCCGCCGCCGGGCUCGUGCUGAUCGCCAUAGGGGCCGCCGCCCUCUGCUGCCACGCGCGCCCACUCCGAUACGUAAGGCAGCCCAGCAAGCCAGGGGCGUCUUAUUCACGUAGCACAAGCCACAACCGCAGCAGGGACGUGCUGAUGCUGCACGCGGGCCAGGGCGGCGUGGCCGGAGUGGUCUCCAUGGCGGCCGCGCCUCACGACUACUCACCACCCCUGGCGGUGGCUGCCGGUGCCUCGGCGGGGGCGCUGCUCGGGUUCGUCUGUCGCCCCUGGGACCGCACUGCCAUCGAGGACACGCGCCGCUCCUUGCAUUCUGUACUAGAUGCUGUUGUCUUGUCCGACCACUGCUGGUCAGCCGCCUCGCCGUGUGCUGUGCAGACGUGCAGCCUACCGGCGCACCUGGUGGGCGGGGUGCUGGGCCCGGUGUUGGUGCCGCUGCUGGUGCCAGACGCUGCCGUCCGCCGCCAGCUGAAUGGCGCCCUGCCAGUGCUGCGCGGGAUGGGCGCCCAGAUCGGUGGAGUGCUCGUCCUCACCGCCGCCGCCUUCUUCGGGGCGCUCGUCAUCUGCGUACUCAUAAAGGUGCUGGGGCUGCUGAGGACCUCGUGGGAGGAGGCGGACCACAGACGAGCGAAAACACUGUUGAUGCGGCUGGAGGAGAUAAGCCGGCGGUCGAUUUCUCCGUUCUGCUCGCGGCUGCUGCCGAUGGAGGAGGGCACCGAGCUGAGGCCUGGUCUCCCACCGCCCAGGGAUCGAGGCGAAACUGUCCAAGAGCCGAACACCGCAGCUCAGUAG